GAUAACAGAAAAGAGAUGGAGGAUUGGAUUGCAGCACUGAAGACUAUACAGAACCGUGAGCAUUUUGAGUCUACGCAGUACAGUAUGGACCAUUUCUCAGGGAUGCAUAACUGGUACGCCUGCUCACAUGCUCGGCCAACGUACUGCAACGUGUGCCGGGAGGCAUUAUCUGGGGUCACGUCGCAUGGACUCUCAUGUGAAGUAUGCAAGUUUAAAGCUCACAAACGGUGCGCUGUCCGGGCAACCAACAACUGCAAAUGGACGACACUGGCGUCUAUUGGGAAGGAUAUCAUUGAAGAUGAAGAUGGGAUUUCAAUGCCACACCAGUGGCUGGAAGGAAACCUCCCCGUGAGUGCCAAAUGCAUGGUGUGCGAUAAAACAUGUGGCAGCGUUCUGCGCUUACAAGACUGGCGCUGUCUCUGGUGCAAAGCCAUGGUACACACAACCUGUAAAGACUUGUUGCCAACUAAGUGCCCUCUCGGCCUCUGUAAAGUAUCUGUCAUCCCUCCCACGGCUCUGAACAGCAUUGAUUCAGAUGGGUUCUGGAAAGCCACUUGCCCCCCGUCCUGCACAAGCCCCUUGCUGGUCUUUGUCAACUCAAAAAGUGGAGACAACCAGGGUGUAAAAUUCCUAAGAAGAUUCAAACAGCUGCUGAAUCCGGCACAGGUCUUUGAUCUUAUGAAUGGAGGACCUCACCUUGGUUUACGUUUAUUCCAGAAAUUUGACACUUUCCGGAUUCUGGUUUGUGGUGGGGAUGGAAGUGUUGGAUGGGUUCUGUCCGAAAUUGACAGCCUCAAUCUUCACAAACAGUGCCAGUUGGGAGUGCUUCCCCUGGGUACAGGAAAUGACCUUGCCCGGGUGCUAGGCUGGGGAUCUGCAUGUGAUGACGACACCCAGCUACCACAGAUCCUGGAGAAGCUGGAGAGGGCCAGUACCAAAAUGCUGGACAGGUGGAGCAUCAUGGUGUAUGAAACCAAACUCCCUCGUCAGUCAUCGACUUCCACAGUCACUGAAGAUUUCAGUGAGGAUUCUGAGGUGCAGAAGAUUCUCUUCUAUGAAGACUCUGUGGCUGCUCAUUUGUCCAAAAUCUUGACUUCUGACCAACACUCUGUGGUCAUCUCCUCAGCCAAGGUGCUUUGUGAGACAGUGAAGGAUUUUGUGGCUCGAGUAGGGAAGGCCUACGAGAAAGCGACGGAAAGCUCGGAGGAGUCGGAGGUCAUGGCCAGGAAGUGCUCUGUCCUGAAGGAGAAGCUGGACUCCCUUUUGAAGACAUUAAAUGAUGAAUCUCAAGCCUCUUCGUCUUUGUCAAACCCACCUCCCACCAUUGCAGAGGAGACAGAAGAUGGUGAUGGAUCUGGCAGUGCUUGUGAUUCUUCUAGUGACCACUCCAUGGGAUCAUCAUGCACUGCCCGUCCCCAGAUAUUCCGGCCUAGAGAGCAGCUAAUGUUGAGAGCCAACAGCCUGAAAAAAGCCAUUCGUCAGAUUAUAGAACAUGCAGAAAAAGCUGUUGAUGAGCAGAAUGCCCAGACACAGGAGCAGGAGGACUUCAUCCUGGGGCUUUCCACCUCUGAGGAGGGAAAGGAGCUGAGGAACGAGGAUAAAACCUCCCUGCAGCCAUUGCACAGUGGCAACUAUGGAGUUCCCAAAGGGAGGAGUCAUCGGAAAGUGUCCAAAUCUCCUUGUGAAAGGCUAAUAAACAAAGGAAGUUUGUCGCUGGGCAGCUCUGCAUCUCUUCCUCCCCAGACAGGAAACCGGGACAACCUGCCAAUGCUCAACACAAAGAUCCUCUACCCAAAUAUUCGUGCUGGUAUGUCUGGUUCUCUGCCUGGGAGUUCGGUCAUCAGCCGAUUGUUGAUCAAUGCAGAUCCCUUUAACUCUGAGCCAGAAAACCUAGAGUGUUACACAGAGAAGUGUGUCAUGAAUAAUUAUUUUGGAAUUGGAUUGGAUGCAAAGAUCUCUCUCGACUUCAACAACAAACGUGAUGAGCACCCAGAGAAGUGCAGAAGUCGUACUAAAAACAUGAUGUGGUAUGGAGUGCUCGGGACCAAGGAGCUACUACACAGAACAUACAAGAACUUGGAGCAAAAAGUCUUGCUGGAGUGUGAUGGGCGUCCGAUCCCUUUGCCCAGUCUUCAGGGGAUCGCUGUACUCAACAUUCCCAGCUAUGCUGGAGGCACUAACUUCUGGGGAGGCACCAAAGAAGAUGAUACAUUUACAGCCCCCUCCUUUGAUGACAAGAUCUUGGAGGUGGUAGCCGUGUUUGGUAGCAUGCAGAUGGCAGUGUCACGAGUGAUUAAUCUACAGCAUCACCGGAUUGCACAGUGCCGGACAGUGAAGAUAGCAAUCCUGGGAGAUGAGGGAGUGCCUGUACAAGUGGAUGGAGAAGCCUGGAUUCAACCCCCUGGUUAUAUUUGGAUUGUUCAUAAGAACAGGGCACAGACACUAACUAGAGACAGGGCAUUUGAGAGCACCCUAAAGUCCUGGGAAGAUAAACAGAAGUGUGAGUUGCCCCGGCCCUCCUCUUUCUCCCUGCACCCAGAGAUCAUGUCUGAAGAAGAGUCCACCCAGAUUAACCAGUUUGGUCAAGCGGCAGGAGCUCUGAUUCAUAGCAUUCGGGAAAUAGCCCAGUCCUAUCAAGACAUGGAACAGGAACUUGCUCAUGCAGUCAAUGCCAGCUCCAAAUCUAUGGACAAAGUAUAUGCCAAAUCCAAAUCAACAGAGGGUCUGAACUGCAGCCUUGUUGUAGAGAUGGUGAAUAACGUUAAAGCCCUGCAUAGUGAGACAGAGCUUCUGCUGGCUGGCAAGAUGGCACUGCAGCUGGAUCCUCCACAGAAGGAGCAGCUCCUAGCAGCGCUGACAGACAUGGACCUUCAGCUGAGGAAGUUAGCAGACAUCCCUUGGCUAUGGCAACUCAUGGAGCCCAGUGAUGAUGAGAACCAGAUGCUGGAUUAUUCCAAACGCAGCCGCAGUGGCAAAUUUCGGCUGGUGACCAAGUUUAAAAAGGAGAAAAACAACAAGAAUAAGGAGACUCGUAGCAGCAUGGGACUGCCUGUUCACCUCUGGGGAACGGAGGAGGUUGCGGCCUGGCUUGAGCAUCUCAGUCUUUGUGAGUAUAAGGAUAUCUUCAUCCGGCAUGACGUCCGGGGCUCUGAGCUCCUGCAUCUCGAACGGAGGGACCUCAAGGACCUGGGAGUGACCAAAGUGGGUCAUAUGAAGAGGAUAUUACACGGGAUCAAGGAGCUGAGCCGGAAUACUCUUGUCAGCGAGGUUUAG